AGUAGGCUGCUGAUAAUUUUAACGUCCAUAAAUUCCAUAAACUCAUUGAACGCUUAUUUUCGUAUCGCCCUGCCGCUGCUUCAAAUUGGCAUGUUCCUCUCUAGAUGACAGUCCUCGAGGAAAUAUUAAGAUGUGACUCAUCUGUUGUACCAUUUUUUUUUAAUCACCCGCGAGUAGUUUUAUUCGAAAAUGUCACAUAUCGAGGCGUCUCGUGCAAAAGUACAACGCGCAAAGUGUCCCUCGCUUUACCUACCUAUUAUUUUGUUGACAUAUUUUAACAUGUAGCGUCGAAAGCACUGAUCCGUGCACGGGCUGAGUGAGAUUGAUAUUAUAUAGCUUUAACAUUGUGUUGCGCCUAGAAACCGUUUUACGCGUCAAGGAUUUGGGUAAUUAUUGAUAGAUUUCCUAACACUAAAGAAGAGCGCUCGCACGGGGCCAGCUGGGGUAGGCUAUAUGAAAGCUUGCGCGAGACGCAGCGAGAUAGUUGGGAGAGCAGGGCCGCAUCUUAGUCUUAUCUGGCCAUAGGAAUAGACGAUUUCUUUUGGUCGAAUACUUGACGAAAUAUAAACUGUCAUAAUGCGCGUGCCAAGUUUUCUGCUGUUGUUCCUGACCCUCUCUGCUGAAGUGAACAGCGCAGCCGCAGGUCCCGGCGCUGGACAGCACACCUGGGAACGAUUUAAUAAACUCCCCUAUCCCUACGAUCAGGCGUUCCUCUACGACACCUUCCCGGACGGGUUUAUGUGGUCCGUGGGCACCUCGUCUUACUCCGUGGAAGGGGCGUUCGAGAAAGACGGCAAAGGACCGUCCGUCUGGGACACCUUCACGCGCGGCGGCAACCGGAAAGCUACGGGCGACGUGGGGAGUGACAGCUAUCACAACAUCCAGGGGGACAUCCGCGCGCUCCAGCAACUCGGAGUCAGUCACUACAGAUUCUCGCUCUCCUGGCCCAGGAUCUUCUCGAACGGCACGCGCGCCAGCUACAACGAACGAGGAGUGGCGUACUACAAAACUCUCAUCCAGAAGCUGAAAGAAAUCGGCGUGCAGCCGGUCGUUACGCUCUAUCACUGGGACCUGCCGGACGUCUUGCAGCGCCGUUACGGCGGAUGGAGCAAUCCUAUCUUGGUGGACCUCUUCGAAGACUACGCCGACUUUUGUUUCGAAACGUUCGGAGACGACGUGAAAUUCUGGAUCACGAUUGACAACCCGUUCGUCGUGGCUUGGCACGGAUACGGAACCGGAAUUAUGGCACCAGGGAUAAAAAAUGACCCGGACUUGCCUUUCCGAGUCGGACAUAUUCUCCUGAAGGCUCACGCCGCGGCCUGGCACGUCUACAACGAGCGCUACCGCCCCCUGCAGGGCGGCAAGGUGUCCAUGGCGCUGGGCUCCCACUGGAUCGGGCCCAGCAGGACGCGGCGGGAGAGCCUCCCGGCCUGCCAGUGCUCGCUGAACUUCGUCCUGGGCUGGUUCGCGCGGCCCCUGUUCGUGGACGGCGACUACCCGCGGUGCAUGAAGAGCGUCCUGUCCGCCCGGCUGCCCUCGUUCAGCCCCGCCGAGAGGGCCCGGGUCAACGGGACGGCGGACUUCUUCGCCCUCUCCUUCGGGCCCUCGCUCAGCUUCCAGCUGAGCAACGAGAGCCUGAAGUUCGGGCAGAAGGAGGAGCUGGACCUGCGCAUGCUGCUGUACUGGAUCCAGGCCGAGUACGACGACCCGCCCGUCUUCAUCGUGGAGAAUGGCUGGUACGUCAACGGCAACUCCAAGACCGAGGACCCCAAGCACAUGUACUACCUGAAGAGGUUCAUCAUGGAGACGCUCAAGUCGAUCAAGUACGACAAGGUGCGGGUGAUGGGCUACACGGCCUGGUCGCUGGUGGACGGGUUCGAGUGGUACCGGGAGUACACGGUGCGGCGCGGGCUCUUCUACGUGGACUUCGACACGCCGGACAUGCGGCGCGAGCCCAAGACCUCCGCCGAGUUCUACAGGAAGCUGAUCGAGAGCAACGGCUUCCCGCCGCUGCCCGAGAACACGCCCGCCAGCGGCGUCUUCCCCUGCGACUUCGCCUGGGGCGUGGCCGCCAACUCCAUCCAGGUGGAGACCACGCCCUCCCAGUUCGCGGACCCCAGCGUCUACAUCUGGAACAUCACGGGCAGCGGGGAGCUGCGGCGGCUGGAGGGGGUCCAGGCCCCGCCCGCGGUGCGCCGGGCCCCGCGGUGCGCCGACUACGCCGCCAUCCGGCGCCAGGUGUCCCAGGUGGCGCGCACGCGCGUCACCCACUUCCACUUCAGCCUCAACUGGUCCACGCUGGUGCCCACGGGCAACGCGUCGGAGGCCAACGCCAGCCUGCUGCGCUACUACCGCUGCUUCGCCGGCGAGCUGCUGCGCGCCAACGUCACCCCGGUGGUCAGCCUGUGGCACUACAUCCGCGACAAGUCCAGCCUGCCGGCGCCCCUGGAGGCCCGGCGGGGGUGGCGCGCCCAGGAGACGGUGCAGGCCUUCGCCGAGUACGCCCGCCUCUGCUUCCGCCAGCUGGGGGCGCUGGUCAAGUUCUGGAUCACCCUCAACGAGCCCAACGCCAAGAAGCUGAGCUACGUGGUGGGGCACAACCUGCUCCGCGCCCACGCCCUGGCCUGGCACGCCUACGACCGCGAGUUCCGCCGGGCGCAGGGCGGGCGGAUCUCGCUGACGCUGCACGCCGACUGGGUGGAGCCGGCCUACUCCUUCAGCCGCGGCGACGCCGAGCCGGCCGCCCGCAUCCUGGACUUCCGCGUGGGCUGGUUCGCCGAGCCCGUCUUCGGCGACGGCGACUACCCGGCGGGCAUGCGGGCCUGGCUCCAGCAGCGCACCACGCUGGACCUCAUCAGCUACCACCUGCCCGCGUUCAGCGCCGCCGACCGGCGCCUGGUGCGGGGCACCUACGACUUCUUCGCCCUCAGCCACUUCAGCACCACCAUGGUGUCGGACGUGGUGGAGGACCGCUACAGCUUCGAGGGCAUGCUGGAGGUGCACUACAUCUACGACGUCACCUGGAUCAUGUCCCCCCGCCGGGGGUCCCCCGUGGUGCCCUGGGGGCUCCGCAAAGUCCUCAACUGGGUGGACUCCAGGUACAAGGGCGUGCCCAUCUACGUCAUGUCCAACGGGGUGGACGAGGACCCGGCCCGCUUCAAGGACAGCCUGCGCGUGUACUACCUCUACAACUACAUCAACGAAGCUCUUAAAGCGUAUAAGCUGGACGGCGUGAACCUGCAGGGCUACUUCGCGUACGCUCUGAGUGACGAGCGCGACCCGGGCUUCGGCAUGUACGGACACGUCAACGACGAGCACAUCGCCAAGUCCUCCCUGCACCACUACCGCAACAUCAUCCACCACAACGGCUUCCCCGCCCCCGCCUCCGCCCCGCAGCAGUGCCCCCGCCUCCCCGAGCCCUGCCCCGGCUGCCACCUCUUCUCCAAGCGGCCAAUCGUGGGCUUCCUCUCCUUGGUCGGCUCCGCCCUCCUGGUCACCGUGGGGAUGAUUAUAUACUACGCUGCUAAGAGACAGAAAUAGGCCCAGCUCAGUCUCUCUAUCUCUCUCACUCCAGCAUGGACUUGCUGUCCCCCCCCGCCCCACUUUCUGUUAUUUGUCUUGAUUUGUUCUCCUGGGGAGGGAGGAAUUAGGGGGCGGGUGAACCAGAGUGUUGCCGUUCUUUUUUCUUUUUUUUUUUUUAAAUGACUGUGACCUCUGACCUCUCUGGGUGUUAACCCCGGCCCCCUCUGACAGACGAUGGGAUCGUCCCUUCAGCAGACCUGGUCCAAAAAGAGACAAGGUUUCUACACAGUCAGGACCGAACUUUCCCAAAACAGUCAGGAACACUGGGUGGCGAGGUGGACCAAUGACACACGAGGGCCAAGUGCAGGGGGCGUGGCCAGGAGCAGGCGAGUCAGGCCAUUGGGUAUUUGGACAAGAAGAAACCUCCACACAGAAUAUGACAUCACUGGCAGGGGUGUUAGAGGAGGGGCAUGACUGCUUUUAACACAAACUUUGCUGCUCUUAAUUAUUAUUUAAUCCGCCCAGCAGAAGUGAAGAGUCCAGGGUUCAGAAAGUAAAAGUCCUGCCAUGUGUUUCUUCCGCCCGUGAACUCUGCCAUCUGAUUUCACUUAUUAGUUCUACCUCCUGGCUGAAGAAUUGUGCUAUUUAGCAAAUCCACAAGAAAAAAUAACACUUACCGCAAGAAUUCGGAUCUGUCACCUUACCUUUAUUUGUCACCUGUUACAUGUGCUGAACUAGCUACAGUGUACACGCGCUCUUAUGUCGGGUUAUAUUUUAACGAGGUUUGUGGCUACAGAGAACGACUCGUGACGUAGCUUGUAGCGCUGCGACGUCGGCGGGAAAAGCCCUACAAAAUAUAAUAAUAGCCCAGUUAACCGAGGGUUUUAAAAUGUUUUCGUGUUGGCUAUAUGAGUUCCUUUUCAUGAUAUGAGUAAUUUAUAGUAUAAAUGUAACUUAAACCGAAGGAUCUAUUUAUGAAAAAAUGCGCAGUUUACGGUGAUGUAGCUAUUUUAAAUGGCAUUGCUCUGUCACUCAACUGCGCCACGAUGGAACUACAUAAAUUAUUUGAUACCAGUUACACCAUGACAACUUUUUUUAUUAUUACCUUUUUUUGUUCUUUUUCACUGUACUCUUUUUUUUUUUUACUAUGAUCAUUAAAAUGGUUACCUCAUGUUGAAAAUCAAGAAUCUGGUUCGUAAAAAAUGUCUACUAAACAUAAUUUCCUGUAAUGUUUUAUGUCAUUAUAUUACUUAUUAAAAUAGACUGCACAGAGGAUAUGAAAAAAAUGACUUGCAUACUAUGUAUGGAGAUUUAUUUCACUUGUAAUUAUCUUUUACACAGAGGGUGUAUAUAUUUAUUAACUUACAGUGUGUAUAUUUUAAUUCCUUUAGGAAUCUCUUUAAUAAAAGUCUUAACAGCAUAUAA